CAAGCCACGCCCCCAGACCCAAGACUCCCAGACCCACUUGAAUGUGCGACGUGCUACAGCAGCUCCAGCCCGCCGGUGCCUUCCUCCGCCAGGCCCAGAACCUCCAGCCCGCGGGCGCCUUCCUGAACCCCAUCGCGCUCGUGGGCAGCUGCACCGACAUCGAUGAAGCGCUGCGCUUCUGCGACGAGGAGGCCGCCGACCAGAUGGAGCGCGGGCGCCAGCAGGAGAACGCCACUGCAAAUGACGCUGAGCCCGUGGACUUCCUCGCGUCCAUCCGCCGCGGACUCAACGAGCUCGUGGCGGCCAACGAGGCCGACGACGAAGACGACGACAGUGACGACGACGAAGACGACGAGAGCGACGACGAAGGCUGCUACUACCAGCCCAAGGAGAACACGUACUACAGCCCCGGCCAGAAGCUCUCGGGCGGCUUCCCGCUGGACGACGCGGGGCUCGACUUGUCGGACACGUCCACCGCCUCGUCCUCGCUCUUCACGGCGUGGGCCCAGCCAGAGUCCGACGAGGAGGGCGACGACGAGGCCCUGACUCAGGACCUGAACCAGGACGACGACCUCAUCUUCCAGCUCGAGAUGUAGUGUAGAUACCACCAGAACACUAUUUAUUUACCUAAGACAAAGUAUGGCGGCGGUGUACAGCGUCAAAAAUGAUCGGAAUGCAGCUCCCCCCUCCAUGUCGACC